UUUAAAAAGAUUAAGAAAUAGCUAAGUGAGGGAAGCUGGAUUAUCAGGAUCUAGAGAAAUGGCAGAGGAGGAAAGGCAGAUUAUAAAGGCCAUUUUAUCAAUACAAAGCUAGAUCUAUUAGUCUGGUGAGAGUGCUAGUGCAAUAGUUGAACAGUGAAUCCAGUAAGGCAAUCUACAGGGAUUAAUGGUGUAAUGAACAAAAGUAAUGCAUACAAGUGGCAUAAGACAAGCCCUCUCAAAGGGCUCAGAUACUCUGGUGAUGGGGGCAAUGUAAGAACCUAGAUACAAAGCCAAGGUUGAAUAAAGGGCCCAAAUCUUCUCUCCUUUACACUAGUGCAACUCUCAAGUCAAUGGAAUUAUACUGGCAUGAUAGAAGAUUUAUUUUGGCAUUGCAGACAAUGAAAGAGCUGAAAACAAAGGGGUUUUACUUUGAAGAGUGGCAGAAUCCUCCAUGUCUCGCUGUGGGCACGGCUUAGCACCUUCCUGGGAAUGGUAUCCCUAGUCACCCUACACAGGGCUUAACAGCGCUAGCAGCCAGUUUAUAAGCCACACUGAGACUAAGCCAAUGUAGCAAGAUAUGAAAGUUCCCUAAGGAUUUUAGUCUGCUCUAGCAACAGCCUCAGCAUGUCUCAUUCACACAGACCCAAAAGCACAAGGCUGUUAAAGUGCCACUUUGAGGCUUCUUUAGUCAAACAUACAUAGUCGCAAUUCCAGCACAAAGCAGGUGAUCUAGUUACACUAGGUUUCUACAUCCAACAGGUGUCCUCUGAGGGUUUCUGGAACCAUUUAGAGAGGAAGGAUGGUCCUGGGGUUAAGGCACUGGAUUGGGACUUGGAAAAACUGGGUUCCGUUCCCACUCUGUCACAGAUUCCAUUUGUGGCCUUACAGAAAUGAAGUAACUUGCCUCUGUUUAAUUCUCCCUUUCUACCUCCCUGGUCUGGCUUAUCUACUUAGACUAUAAGCUCUUCAGAGUAGAAACCAGCCUACUCCAUUUAUGUAGUGUCUAGCACAACAGAAUCCCAAUUUCAUUUGGGGCUCGUAGCUGUUGUGUAAUAAAAAUAAAUGAUGAUUUCUUAUCUGACUUAGCAGAAGUUAGUAUGGGAGGAGGCCAACAAAGCCUAGAGGGGCUCACCUCAAACUCCUGAAGAUCCCACUUAGGCAGUGAUGGAGGCCACACCUGACAGACACAUUCAAGGCAGCGUCUCAGAAAGGAAAUGCAAAAGUACCCAUCAAUCUAGGUAGAAAAGCAGACAGUAAAGGUAAGAAGCAGAAAGGAAACAUAAGGAAAGAAGGAUGAGUAGUUAAAAGCUUGGACAUUAUUACAAAUUGAUUUAAUACUGAGGGGUUAAUUAAUUAAAGAAAUAUGGACAGUUAUUGAUGUAAAAUAGAUAAACCCUUAAGCAGUGACAAUCAUCUGCCAUCAGCAAGGAAUAAGGAAGGAACAGUGUAGAGGAAGUUGAAGCCAUUAUACCUCAUUAGCAAGCAGGCACAUCCCAUCCACUGAUGAGUACAAUUGGGCUGGGGAAGGGGAGCAGCAGGGGAAAGUUUUUCAUGAACAGUGUAGCAAGUUGCUGAACUCCAUUUCAAUUCACCCCAUUUGCUCCCCCUUUUAUAAAGCACUUCUGUGAAUAUUUGUGCAACCAACAUUGUCUCUGUAUGAAUGUUCAAGGGAAAUUAAUUUCAGUUGAUGCAAACAGAAACCAAUUAUUAGAAAAUGAGUUUGUCUAUAGAUCUGUUUAAAGGGCUUUUUACAUUAUGAACGAAGGAAAAGCCUGUCUGUCAACACACCCCAUAAAACAAAAACAAAUUUAGCCUUAUCUUAGACGUUUAACAGAACAGCACCUCUCAUUGCUUCAUCACUAUGCAAACAGAACAUUGGCCAAGUCACGUACAGGUCGCCAGCAAAUUCCUGGAUUCUGAGGCACAUUUGGGAGAUUUGAGAUUUGUAGCCAUGAACGUCUAUAAAUACAGAUACCUGCGUUGAGAUGAGAAACUUCAGCUGGUGAGUUUGAUUCCACUGCUUCUCACUUCCCUUCAAAAAGAAAUCAUGGCACUGGCCUGCAUUGCUAUUAUUCUUGGUUCAGCACAUCUCCUUACUGCUAAACCCCUGGAUUGUGAGCCUCUAGCUCCAGAAACCAUGGACAAUGCUACAAUGACCAAGCUGCUGGGCAAGUGGUUCUACAUUGGUGGGGCCUCACAGCACCCACCCACCCUACAGGAGUUGGAAUUGAUAAAGAAUGCUUAUUUCUUCUUGUACCCUGGCAGCCUUCAAGACGAGCUCCUCGUCACAGAAGUCAUGAAACUGAAGGACAAGUGUGUGGUGGACAACUCCAGUUACAUUUCAGUCAUCCGGGACAAUUUUACAAUGAUCCGGCACGGGCCAAAUGAAAGUUCCGUAGCACAACUUAUCAAGAGCAGCUCCGGAGACACUAUGACACUAUACCACAUUGAUGGGACCUACAAAGGGUUAUCGAUCUCGGCCCGGACCCAAAACUUGACCACAGAGCAACUGGAAGAAUUCGAAACUCAAGUGGCAUGCCUUGGAUUGAAGGAAGAGGAAAUAGUCUAUACUUCAAUGAAGGAUUUCUGUCCCAUGGAAGAAGAAACAGAUGACAAAAAGCACUCAGUUGAAGUGGUAGAACCAUCACUGGGGUAACUCACAUUGCCAUAGCAACGUUGCCCUCCACACUGGAUAUCAGCAGUUGUUCAUUCUCUUCUACCUGUUUAGCAACUGAAGGAUCUCCCCUUGUCACAUCUGAUCAUGUGGGUUUCUUUGGUACAAACUACUGACAUCUUCAUUUUCUGUGUUCUGCACCUUUAAAUUUCUAAGUAGUUUUCACGCAUGCAGAGCUCAGCAAUCAUUUGUUCUCACUUCUUAGUGCAGACUUUCACAAAGGAGACCCACACACUAUGCUCUCGCCUGAAGACUUUACUUUUGUUCUUUCUUGUCGAUUUAAAAAUAAAGAUAAAUCUGACUGAC